GAGAGAGGGCACGCAAGAGAGAGAGAACAACAGGUGAGGGUGAAGAGGGAGAAGACAGUUGUUAAAAGCUGUCGGCACUUUGACAGAAAAGACAUUCCCUGCUUUAACAGACUUGAGAGGAGGAGGUAUUUGUUCAGCUUUACUGAGACAGACUGAGAGAGCGAAAGAGAGAGAGAGAGAGAGACUCAGGGGAAAAGAACUGACCCUCUUGGGAGAGUUGCAUGGAUCCGUAACAACAACAGACCAACAAGCUCAGCACUUUAACUAUCUGCUCAGGACAAACACCUCUGUCUAGCCGUGGAGCCUGGAAAAGACACGGGAACCUUAAUGGGAGGAACAAGCAGGAAAAAUGAGAAGAAAAGUGUGAGCCAAAAUAAGGACUGUGGGUUUCAAACCUUAUGAAAGAAGUCGAUUCGAAUUGUGAGAAAGGGUUGCAAACAUUUAAUCAACAAAAGCGAAAAUAAAAGCAAAGAGCUUGUGGAAAGCCAGUGACCUGUACCCUGCGCUUGCUUGAUAGCUGGGAAUAACUGGUUUUUGAUGGUUUUUGGGAUAUUGUCGGCUGGUGCGGGAGCAGCAGUGAGUCUUUUGAAUCCUGGUGCAGUAGAGUCUCCUUGUUGUCUUUAAGGAGACGGAGAGAACCAAGAGGGAAGAAAGCAGUGUGUGAGGAAUAGGAGAAGUGGAAUAACUCUACACAUAUGCAUAAAAUUGUUUCUUUUAAACUAGCCUCCCAGCAGCGGACAAAGCGUCUCUAGCAUUGGAGACAUGUCUCAGGAGGACGUUGUGAGCAUUGUCAGUCUGGGGGUGGACAGUGGCACAUUGGACCACUGUGAGGGACACUCUCUGGACCAGGGUCAGGAGCAGGGUCUGGAAAGUCACAGCCAAACUCAGGAUGGGAUUGUUCUGGACCGUAUCGCCACUCUGUCAGUGGACAUGUUUGACCCUAGGGACUUUAAGGGAAGGUUCACUAAGGUGCAGUCCAAGUCCAGGAAAAGGACAAGGAUAAUCAAAGCCUCUCCGGUGGGACUGAAGCCGCCCCUGCCGCCAGUCAUUACAACCUUGGGUGAGAGGAAGGGUCCUGUCAUCAUGGCGCCUGUCAACGUGGACCCCGAGAGCAAGCCGGGCGAGUUCGUCCUCAAGAGCCUGUUCGCCAACUUCACCUCGCUCUCCGAACGCAAGAUCCGCAUCAUCAUGGCCGAACCACUGGAGAAGCCUUUGAAUAAAUCCCUACAGAGAGGAGAGGACCUUCAGUUCGACCAGCUGAUCAGCACUAUGAGCUCUCUGGCUGAAUACUGUCUGCCGUCCAUCCUGAGGACUCUGUUUGACUGGUACAAGAGGCAGAACGGCCUGGAGGAUGAAUCCCAUGAGUACAGACCCAGAGCCAACACCAAGUCCAAGAGUGAUGAGCAGCAGAAGGACUACUUACUGGAGCGGAGAGAUCUGGCCAUAGACUUCAUCUUCUCCCUCGUGCUCAUAGAAGUUCUAAAGCAGAUCCCCCUCCACCCUCUCCUAGACGGACUCAUCCAGGAAGUUAUUAACUUGGCCUUCAAGCACUUCAAAUAUAAAGAGGGGUAUCUCGGACCCAACACAGGGAACAUGCACAUCGUGGCCGACCUCUACGCCGAAGUAGUGGGGGUUGUAGCUCAGUCCAGGUUCCCAGCAGUGAGGAAGAAGUUCAUCUCAGAGUUGAAGGAGCUGCGACAGAAGGAGCAGAGCCCCUACGUCAUCCAGUCCACCAUCAGCCUCAUUAUGGGAGUCAAGUUCUUCCGCAUCAAGAUGUACCCUGUCGAGGACUUUGAGGCCUCCUUCCAGUUCAUGCAGGAGUGUGCCCAGUAUUUCUUGGAAGUGAAGGAUAAAGACAUUAAACACUCAUUAGCUGGACUCUUUGUGGAGAUACUGGUUCCCGUAGCUGCCACUGUCAAGAAUGAGGUGAACGUGCCGUGCCUGCGAAACUUUGUGGAGAGUCUUUACGACACCACCCUGGACUUAUCCUCCAGGAAGAAACACUCACUGGCUCUCUACCCGCUGGUGACCUGCCUGCUGUGUGUUAGUCAGAAGCAGCUCUUCCUCAGCCGCUGGUACAUCUUCCUCAACAACUGCCUCUCAAACCUGAAGAACAAAGACCCGAAGAUGGCACGUGUAGCUCUAGAGUCCCUCUACCGCCUGCUGUGGGUCUACAUGAUCCGAAUCAAGUGUGAGAGCAACACUGGAACACAAAGUCGUCUGACGUCCAUCACGUCCACGCUCUUCCCCAAGGGCAGCCGCAGCGUGGUACCCAGAGACAUGCCCCUCAACAUCUUCGUCAAGAUCAUUCAGUUUAUCGCACAGGAAAGACUGGAUUUUGCUAUGAAGGAGAUCAUAUUUGACCUGCUGAGUGUUGGAAAACCUGCCAAAGCCUUCAGUCUCAACCCCGAGCGUAUGAACAUAGGUCUGCGGGCAUUCCUGGUGAUAGCAGAUGCCCUGCAGCAGAAAGACGGGGAGCCGCCCAUGCCCAACACUGGAGCCACACUGCCCUCUGGGAACUCCCUCAAGAAGAAGAAGACCUACCUCAGCAAGACCCUUACUGAGGAGGAAGCCAAACUAAUAGGCAUGUCGUUGUACUACUCACAAGUGCGUAAAGCCCUGGACAACAUCCUGAGACACUUGGACAAGGAGGUUGGCCGCUGCAUGAUGCUGACAAACGUGCAGAUGCUCAACAAGGAACCAGAGGACAUGAUCACGGGUGAGAGGAAGCCCAAAAUCGAUCUUUUCAGGACGUGUGUGGCGGCCAUUCCCCGCAUCCUUCCCGAUGGCAUGUCCAAACCUGAGCUCAUUGACCUUCUCUCGCGACUGACAGUCCACAUGGACGACGAGCUGCGCCUAAUUUCCCAGAAUUCCCUUCAGAGCUUGCUGCUGGACUUCUCAGACUGGAGGGAAGAUGUCCUGUUUGGUUACACGCACUUCCUUUUGCGAGAGGUUCAGGACACCCACCAGGGUCUGCAGGAUGCAUCCGUCAAGCUGCUGCUCCAGCUGCUUACCCAGUGGAGGCUGGCCUUGCACCAGGGGAAGGUGCGAGGUGGAACUGAGGCCAGCCCCAGACUGCCGGAGAGGAGCCCUCACUGCUCAGUGCUCCACGCCGUUGAGGGUCUGGCUCUGUUGCUGCUCUGCUCCUGCCAGACCAGCACGAGGAAGCUUGCAGUUGGUGUCCUUCGAGAAAUUCGCUGCCUCUUCACAGCUUUGGGGCACGCCGAGGACGAUGACAAACCCAUGAUAGAGAUCAUGGACCAGCUGAGCCCCGCUGUGAUGGACAGCUUCGUUCACGUGGCUGUCUCCGAGUCGGCCACUCUGCCGCUGAGCCACCACGUUGAUCUGCAGUGGCUGGUGGAGUGGACAGCUCGGCUGGUGAGCAGCGCCUAUGAUGUGAAGAGCCCCAGCCACGUCUGGAUCUUCGCCCAGUGUGUGAAGGACCCCUGGGUGCUUUGUCUGCACAGCUUCCUGCGACAGGAGCACCUUCCCAAGCACUGCCCCAUCGCUCUGGGCUAUGCCUGGCCCUACGCCUUCACACGGCUACAGCUGCUGAUGCCCCUGGUUGACCCUAACAGCCCAGUGAAUGCCAAGAAGACCAGCACGGCGGGCUCCAGCGACAGCUACAUCCCUCUGUGGCGGAACUACCUGAUCCUGUGUCUGGGCGUAGCCAAGCCGAGUAUCAUGUCCCCUGGUCACCUCAGGGCCUCCACCCCAGAGAUCACUGCCACCACGCCAGACGGCAGUGUCACCUAUGACAACAAGGUGAUAGGCACGCCUUCCGUCGCCUGGCUUUUGAAACAACUGGUCCCGUUAAUGAGAAGCGAGAGUUUGGAAAUCACAGAAGCUCUGGUGCUGGGCUUGGGACGCACAAACGCCUUGGUCUUCAGGGAGUUAGUGGAGGAGCUCCAUCCGCUGAUGAAGGAAGCGCUGGAACGUAGGCCGGAGAAUAAGAAACGGCGAGAGAGGAGGGAUCUCCUCAGGCUGCAGCUGCUCAGGAUCUUUGAACUGCUGGCUGACGCUGGAGUUAUCAGUGACAGUACCAAUGGGGCGCUGGAGCGUGAUUCCCUGGCGCUGGGAGCCUUGUUCCUGGAGUACGUGGACCUGACCCGGAUGCUUCUGGAAGCCGAGAACGAGAAGGAGCUGGACGUGCUGAAAGACAUCAGGGCCCACUUCAGCGGCAUGGUGGCCAACCUCAUCCAGUGUGUCCCGGUCCACCAUAGGCGCUUCCUCUUCCCCCAGCAGUCUCUGAGGCACCAUCUCUUCAUCCUCUUUAGCCAGUGGGCGGGCCCCUUCAGUGUCAUGUUCACACCCCUCGAUCGCUAUAGUGACCGCAACCAUCAGAUCACGCGGUACCAGUACUGUGCUCUGAAGGCCAUGUCAGCAGUUCUGUGUUGUGGUCCAGUGUUUGACAAUGUGGGUCUGUCCACUGACGGUUAUCUCUACAAAUGGCUGGACAACAUCCUGGCCUGCCACGACCUACGGGUGCACCGUCUGGGCUGUGAGGUGGUGAUCCUGCUGUUAGAGCUGAACCCAGACCAGGUCAACCUGUUUAACUGGGCAGUGGACCGCUGCUUCACGGGGUCAUACCAGCUGGCCUCCGGCUGCUUCAAAGCCAUCGCCACCGUUUGUGGAAACAGGAAUUACCCUUGUGACUUGGUGACCUUGCUGAACCUGGUGCUGUUCAAGGCCUCCGACACGAGCAGGGAAAUCUACGAGAUUUCGAUGCAAUUGAUGCAGGUGCUGGAGUCUAAGCUGUGUGCGUACUCUAAGCGGAUGGUGGAGCAGAAGCCAGGGAAUAUUCUCUACGGAACCCACGGCCCCCUGCCUCCUCUGUACAGCGUCAACCUGUCUCAGCUCUCCACCCAGCUGGCCAGCAUGUUCCCGGAGCUCACCCUGCCUCUUUUCUCAGAGGUGAGCCAGCGUUUCCCCACCACUCACCCCAACGGGAGGCAGAUCAUGCUCUCCUACCUUCUGCCUUGGCUCAGCAACAUCGAGCUGGUGGAUACGGGGCUCCUUCCCCCCGCCUCCAGCCCCUGCACCCCAGAGGAAGAGUCUCAUGGCCAAGGGCACAACCUGGGCCUGUCCCCCAGUCUGAGGGGUAACGGCUGGGGCUCCCUGCAGGCCACCUCACUGGUACUCAACAAUCUCAUGUUCAUGACCGCCAAGUACGGAGACGAGGUCCCUGGCCCUGAGAUGGAGAAUGCCUGGAAUGCUCUGGUGUCCAAUGAGAGGUGGAGCAACAACUUGCGGGUGGCCCUUCAGUUCCUCAUCAGCUUGUGUGGAGUCAGCAGUGAUACCACUCUGUUGCCCUACAUCAAGAAGGUGGUGAUCUACCUGUGUCGGAACAACACCAUCCAGACGAUGGAGGAGCUGCUGUUUGAGCUGCAGCAGACCGACCCAGUCAACCCGGUGGUGCUUCACUGUGACAACCCGCCCUUCUACCGCUUCGCUGCCAGCAACAAGUCCUCCGUCUCACACACAGGUACCACUUCCAGUAGUAAUACAGUGGUUGCUGGUCAGGAGAACUUCCCAGAGACGGAUGAAACCAAGCUGGCCAGAGAGAAUGAAGAGAGGGUCAGGGCUCACAACCGGCUGGAGUCUCGCUACAGCAACAGUUCUGGAGGCUCCUAUGAGGAUGAAAAGAACGACCCACUCCCGCCGUAUGCUGGUUGGCUGCUGGGUGUACUGGAGACCAACCGCCCUCAGCCGUUACCCAUGCCCAUUAACGGAGGCUGCUGGGCCCCUCUAGUGGACUACCUACCAGAGACCAUUACACCUAGAGGGCCACUGCAUAGAUGCAACAUUGCAGUCAUCUUCAUGACUGAGAUGGUGGUGGACCACAGCGUGAGGGAGGACUGGGCUCUGCACCUGCCGCUGCUCCUCCAUGCUCUUUUCUUGGGUCUGGACCAUUACAGACCCGAGGUGUUUGAACACAGCAAGCGUCUCCUCCUCCACCUCCUUAUUGCCCUCUCCUGCAACAACAACUUCCAGGUCAUAGCCUCAGUGCUGAUGCUGACCAGAGAGAUCAGUGACAACAAGACUCUCAGUAUCAAGUCCAGCUACCAUGCAGACUACCACCAGUCAAGCACACCUGACUUCCUGCGUGAGUGGCAGACAUCUCCAGUGGCGGACUCCGGUCUCAGCUCCACCUCCAACUCUUCCUCUGCCAGCCUGGGAGGUUGCAGCAGCACCGCGGGCAGCGUGGGGAAUCUUCCCCUGGUAACCCCCGAUGACCUGGAGGACCUCGACGACACCCGCAGCGAGAUCGACGAGAAGACCAACAAGCUUAUUGAGUUCCUCGCUACCAGAGCGUUUGGCCCUCUGUGGGUGCACGAAGACAUCACGCCAAAGAACCCCAACUCCAAAAGCACCGAACAGCUCUCCAACUUCCUCCGCCAUGUCAUCUCUGUGUUCAAGGAAUCCAAGUCAGACUUCCAUCUGGAGCAGCAGUUGAGCGACGUGGCCCUGCAGACGGCCCUGUGCAGCUCCUCCCGUCAUUACGCCGGCCGAUCCUUCCAGAUCUUCAGAGCCCUCAAACAGCCGAUCAACGCCCACGCCGUCUCUGACCUGUUGUCGCGCCUCGUAGAGGUGGUCGGAGAGCACGGGGAUGAGGUGCAGGGUUAUGUGAUGGAGGUCUUGUUGACUCUGGAGUCAGUAGUGGUGAAUCUUGCGGAAUGUCUGAAGAACAGCGACCUUUUCGCAGCUUUGACCAGGACCUCAUCGCCUGAAUUUGUGACCAGUGACAAGAUAAUGAACAGGAAGAGCACGGGUCAGCUGAACUUCCCUGGCCCGGGAUUCAUUGGUCUCUCAUCACAACGCCACCAACGUUCCUUCUCUGUGCCCAAGAAGUUCGGCGAAUGCGGCAACCAGUGCAAUGAUCCGCCCCGCAGUGCUACUCUGGAUCGCAUACAGGCCUGCACCAAUCACGGCCUUGCCCGACCAGGAAGAACCCCCGGCUCCUGCACGUCAUCGACCAAUCGUAUUGACCCCAGUGUUCUGUCCGAUCCUGCCCACGUCUCACACCCUUCGUCGAUACUGGCCACAGUGUUCUGGGUGGCAGUGUCCCUCAUGGAGUCGGACUUUGAGUUUGAAUAUCAGAUGUCACUCCGCCUGGUUCACAAACUCCUGUCAAAGGUGCCCUUGGACAGAGCGGAGAACCGUGAGCGUUUGGAGAAGCUGCAGGCUCAGCUGAAGUGGAGUGGGUUCAACGGACUCCAGCAGCUUUUGCUGAAGGGCUUUACCUCCCAGGCAACCUCCGACCUCACCCUGCACCUCUUCUGUCAGAUCACGCCAGUCUCUCGUGUGUCUGUCAUUGACACUUCUCAAGCUAUAGGUUUCCCUCUGAACGUGCUGUGCCUGCUGCCUCACCUGGUGCAGCACUUUAGCCACCCGACUCAGUUCUGCAAGGAGAGCGCUGAGAGGAUCGCACAGGUGUGUCUGGAGGAAAAGAACACGAAGCUGUCCCACCUUGCGCACGUGAUGACUCUGUACAAGACGCGCUCCUACACCCGUGACCCCUUCUCUUGGGUCAGCGUGGUGUGUCGCUACCUCCACGAGGCUUUCUCUGACAUCACACUCAACAUGGUCACCUACAUGGCUGAGCUUUUAGAUAAGGGCCUCCCCAGCAUGCAGCAGUCUCUGCUCCAGAUCAUCUACUGUCUGCUCAGCCAUAUGGAUCUGACUGCUGUCCAGGUCAAACAGUUUAACGCAGAUGUCCUCAAGACCAUCGAAAAAUUUGUCCAGACGCUGCACUGGAAGGAAGCCCUGAACAUCAUGAAGCUGGUGGUGUCACGCUCCGCCAGUCUGGUUCACCCGUCGUAUGGACACGCCCAGAGUGACCUGUCCAACCUGGAGGUGAGCAGGGUCUGGGACGGCUCUGCCAAGGCCUUGCCUGGAAAGACGCUGGACUUCACCUUUGACAUCUCUGAGACUCCGGUGAUUGGGCGUCGGUUUGACGAGCUGCAGGGUUCAGGAGGCAGGGAGGGCAAGACCAGAGCCAUGGCUGUAACCCGCAGCACCUCCUCCACCUCCUCCGGUUCCAAUUCCAACACCGUCCUGGUGCCUGUCAGCUGGAGACGACCGCAGUCCUCCCAGAAGAGAACCAGAGAGAAGCUGGUAAACGUUCUAUCUCUUUGUGGACAAGAGGUUGGACUCACCAAGAACCCAUCCGUGAUCUUCUCUUCUUGCGGGGACCUGGACCUGAUGGAGGUGCGUGAGAGCGGCGUGUCCUCCGAGGAGGGCGGAACCAGAGAGGACACUUUGGACGACACAGCCAGCGAGCAGCAGUUCAGAGUCUUCCGGGACUUUGACUUCCUGGACGUGGAGCUGGAGGACGGAGAGGGUGAGGGGAUGGACAACUUUAACUGGGGCGUACGUCGGCGGUCACUGGACAGCACAGAGCUGGGAGACCUGCUGGAGGAGAGCCAGCACUCGGGCAGUACGCCGAGUCUAGGCCACGAAGACCCGCAUGAUUCCGAUGAAUCCUCGGAGGAAGAGGAGUCGUCCACCAGCCAGAGCCUUUCACACUCUCAGCUCACCAACCCUUCUCCGUCAGAGGAGACGAAUCACACGGAUUCCCUUUCCACAUCUUACGACACGCAGUCUCUCAACGCUACCACUCCAGGGCAGGGGCCGCUCCAUGACGAACACAGCGGCCUGCAGGCGGGGGUGUGUGGUGAGGACGAGGACACACAGGCACAGGAUGACAACCUCUCGCUGAGCGCCAACGAGUUCCCUCAGGGCUCGGAGUGCAGCGAGAGCUUCACACUGGAGCUACCCGGUCAGCCUCAGGGUCAGCCGCUCAACCCCGCCCAGAGCCUCAACCCGGACUACUGUCAGCCACCGCUGGGCUUUCUGGACCCCAGCUGCCUGCCCAGUGACAGUCUGCGUGACACUGUGGAUGACCUGGAGGACCUGGGUUUUCCUCCGCCACCUUCCCCGUUCUUCUCUGCCAUCUUGGCAGCAUUCCAGCCUACCGUGUGCGACGACGCCGAAGAAGCAUGGCGAUGCCAUGUCAACCAGCUGGUCACGGACUCGGACGGCUCCUGUGCUGUCUACACCUUCCACGUCUUCUCGUCACUCUUUCAGAACAUCCAGGGAAAGUUCUGCUCCUUGACGACCGACGCUGCCACUUACCUCGGAGAGGGCCUGAGGGGAAUAGGGUCAAAGUUUGUCAGGUCCUCGCAGAUGCUGACCACAUGCUCAGAUUGCCCAACGAUCUACAUUGACGCCGACACCAUCAUGUCUUACGGCCUCCUGGAGAAGAUGAAGUUCAGCGCUCUGGAGCUGCAGGAGUACCUGGACACCUACAACAGCAAAGAGGAGGCCGCCGUGUCGUGGCUGAGAAACUGUAAGGACACAUUCCCCAGGUGUCACGGUGAUGCUGUGGUCACCUGUCAGCCGGGAGACUCAGAAGAGAAGCAACUGGAGCUCUGUCAGAGACUCUACAAGCUCCACUUCCAGCUGCUCCUCCUCUUCCAGUCCUACUGCAAGCUCAUUGGUCAAGUCCACGCGAUCAGCUCUGUGCCUGAGCUGCUAAACAUGUCACGAGAGCUGACGGACCUGAAGGCCAGCCUGCAGGCGGCCGAGGCGGCGGUGGCCAGUGACCUGGAACACACACACCUGGCUCACACUCACGCCCAUGCCAGCCAGGUAGCCGCCAUGGCUGUGCCCAGCUUCCCCACCUCUGAGGCGGCCGUGCAGGCUAUCCUGGAGUGCCUCAAGAACCAGGAGUUCACCAAAGCCGUCCGCUACAUCCAGGAGUGCAGGAGGCAGUGGCCCAAUGGAGUGUUCGGCGGCAGCUCAGAGAGUGAGGUCCAGACACUGCUCAAUGUCUACUUCCGCCACCAGACGCUGGGCCAGACCGGCACCAUCGCCCUGGUGGGCUCCCGCCAAGACCUGAGCAUCAUCUGCUCCAAGCUUCUGGAGCUCAACGGCGAGAUCCGCGACAUGAUCCGCCGUGCCCAGGGUUACCGCGUGGUGACCACUUACCUCCCCGACUCCAGCGUCUCCGCGACCAGCCUCUGACAGGACCUCAGGAGCCCCCCGACCCUGCCACCCCCACCCCCGACUCCCCCGUCGCAUGCGUCAGUGACCCUUCCGAAACUGCAUCUACCCGUAAGGCUGAAUGUAGCGUUAGCUCCACUCACAAAGCAGGUGGGCUCACUGCAGCUGACAGCAUCACGGCUCGGCCCGGCGACCCCCUCCCAGGUCACGCUGACAGACAAGACCCAGCACCCACAUACCUGGCCCUUACCCCCACCUAUGCAUCUGCUGCCCCAUAUUCAUGGCACCAGACAGACCUCAACCUAUCAGUCAGCUCAACACUAGAACCACAACCGUGUACAAACCAUGACCCAAACCUAAGUCCGCCCCGUUUGCAAUCCACAAUAAACUCGGAUGCAUCCCCACCUGAUGUCCACACACCCUCAGACUUCUUCCCAUCCCAUAGCUGUUCAAAUAUACCAGCCCACCACAUGCAACAUGAACCAGUGAAGAAUUACACAUCGCCCCGUACACAGCAAGAACCAGACGACAACUGUUACGGUGGUGAUAUCUACUACUCUUCAAGAGGUUAUUCUUCACACAGUUCACCACUGUUACACAUACACAGUAAUAAGCAUCCGUUAUCCUCUUUGACCCCUAAUGCUCUCCUCACUGUAACAUCAGAACCCACCUUUUUGGCAGGCUCACACAUACACGCCUCACCUACCCUUAUCCGAAGCUCACAUCUUCCCCAUUUCCGCCGAUCGCCAUACAAACGCCCCGAUUUACAUUCGGGGUCAUUCUCGAUCUCAGACCCAGUCCACAGCACCGUCCUAACGCAGGGUCCCGCUCCGUGUGUCUCCCUACCCAAACCCACUCCACUUCCCUGUCCCCCUGCCCAACAAGAGGAUACAGGAUGGGUGUGUUGCUGCUCUCUCGGUGAGGCCACCACACCCCUGUCUCGCUACCUGGGGAAGCUGGGACAUACUGCCCUGCUCCUAUUAAAAGUAAGGGGGCUCCUGAAUACAGAACCUUCAGCCGUUCAAACCUGAGACUCUGAAUUUACUACACGAGGACCUAACUGACCUGAGACAUCUACAAGUCCAAGUACUCGGCCGUGGCUGUUUCUGACCGACUUGCAUAUCCAAAUGUUUAAGAAGGAGAGGGAAGCACUACAAGGGUCACUGUGGCCCUUGAAAAGAAAAAAAUUUCAAAACAAAGGGUGAUUUUCCUGAGAUUACAGCAUGUAUGACUGAGCCUACUUCAUACUAGAGACUGUUACCUGCUGGUAGAUAUCACCUGAUGUGACCCUGACCUAGGGUAAGUUCUGUUUUUAAAGGUUAUGUAUUGGGGCGCGGGGAAUCGAUCUGCUCCUAGCUUUAGUCCUGCUUGAUGGUCAUCACUCAGCAUCUCAGCUUUUCCGCACUUGAGGACCUAUGAAGGCACCCAGCUGGAUUUAAACUCGCUUGCCUGGAGGAGCUGGAAGGUGAGACGGAACUGUUGCUACUUCCCAUAGGAAAGACAAGAGGGAGCUAGCUGACGGUGUCACGAGAUGCAUCAAGGGAACCGACCAUGACACUCCACAACUGUCCCACGUGGAUUUUAUGUGUCCUUAUUGCACUAAACGGACUUUUGUUGAGAAGAUGAAAACACUUUUCACUGAAAAGGAUGAGCUAGAAGCUGGAAUUACUUUCCUCCCCUGUUUUGUGUCUACUGUUCGAGGCCUCCCCCGGGGUCAAAAAUGUGCAAUGCAUGACACGGUUGAAUGCUUUCUACUGUACUAGUGUCCCUUUUGCUCCCUACAGCUCUCGGACUUACUCCGCACACCAGCUGAGAGACACACCGAUUGACAGAGAGGGUGGAGAACGUCCAAGCAUUGCUCUUUACGCCGUCUUCACCCCGUUUAUAAUCGGAGACGCUUACGUACCGGUGACCCAGCUUGUCUGUAGACUACUAUUGUGAACAUUGGUAUGCUCUUCACAAGCCAUUUUUGCGAGCACGGUGGCGUAGCCCCCCCGUGAGGCUGUAGCGUUAUUUUAGCGAGUGUGCAGUUUGUCGACCCGUAUUAUUUGUCCCUGUCCUACACUGUAACACGUAGACCUCACCGGGUGUCCACAUGCUGGAGGACGGCGCAUGUAUGCACUGAAAUAGUCUUCUCCUUGUAUCGCGUCACACAAAUAGACAACCGACGCGUUGCCAUUGUACACUGUAGCAUUUGUGUGUGGUGUUUUAGGUACUCGUACAUGCAAGGGACAACGCCGACAUUCAGCACUCAUCGAUGUUCGAAACCAGACGUAACGUGCUACUACUGUUCCGAAGUCCAACACUUUGUCGUCGUCAGCCCCCCCCUUUUUUAAAUCGACUCCCCUCGGUUUUACUCCUCUAGCGAGUUCCCUCCUCCCCUUCGCUGUACAAAUAUCUUCUGGCCUAUUUAUAUCUGAUCAGACCUCUGUGCCCCCUCCCGUUCAACGUAGUUUUUAUACCGAUGUUGGUGUUUCUCGGUUCAACCCAGUUUAGCUACCAUGCAUGCGUCUUCUUUGUACUGUAUGAGGUGUAUUUGAUAUAUUUAUUAACCAUUUUAUCUGAAAGACGUUUGUAUGAGGUACAUGAAAAGGAGCUUUAAGCUCGUGUGGGUAUGCCCCCCUUGCCGCUGCCCCCCCCCUCAGCGUGUGGGAGAAUGUGUGUGCAUGCCAAAUGAGAAAUUGCACAUUUUUAAGCUUUUUAGAUGAAGACUUUUUUUUCCACCGUGUAAAUACUUUUACAGCCUUUGUGAAGUUGUUUAAGUUGAUGCUCUGUACAAGUCAUUGUCACAGUAAAGUCAUAU